GACCGCAUGGUCUUCGUCGACGAGGCGACGUGCAUCGGCUGCACGAUGUGCGCGUCCAUCGCGCCGCUCACGUUCCUCAUGGAGGACGACUUCGGCCGCGCGCGGACCUUCAACCAGGAGGGCGACGACGACGAGACCGUCGCCGAGGCCAUUUCCACGUGCCCCGUCGACUGCAUCCACUACGUGCCCUGGGACGAGCUCGUCUCCCUCGAGCGCGAGCGC